CUCCCAUUCUGAUUUGAUUCCCAGUUGAUAUCUCGCGUCUCUUCGGACCGCCUUGUUUCGUCGAGGGCCGUUCGCAUUCGAAGCUGGAUACUGCCGCAGCCUUGGAGGGCAGCCACGGGCUGUGUUGAGCAAGGCUGACACAGCAUAGCCUCACAUCAUGACAUCUUCCUCGUUAGCUUUCUCAUGCGCUCUCCUCCCGAUGCCGCUUUGAAUCGGACAGUCUGCUUUUCGCACUCCAAAUAGGUAUCUUGAUUCCCCCUGAGGCUUGGGCACGGUGACAAUGGCCGGCCCGAACGGCCACCCAUCUGGUGGCAUAGGAGAGUCUGUAUUCGUCAAAGCACGGGACCAGUUCUUGACUUCCCUACUGCCAAACGAGAAGGCUCUGUUCGCCACCUGUGACUCGGCUGAGCAAUUGAUCAAAGACAUACAAUCUCUUCCGUCUGUCACGAAGAAUUCCGCUCUCCGAAGGAGCGUCCGAAAUCUUGAUAGUUUUGGCAAGAACCUUUCACCAUAUUUUGAUGCCAUAGGUUGGAUUGUGCAAUCUCAUCCCGAGUUUGCGGCCGUCGGAUGGGGCGCUUUCAAACUUGUGUUGCAGAUUGCUAGCAAUUACACCUCAUUCUUUGAGAAGCUACUUCGAACCCUAAACCGGCUGGCCGCCGCAUUCCCGCCGUAUACGCGCCUCGCGAAAUAUCACCACGACGAGGCUCCCGCGGAACACAUGUCCGCCGGAAUUUACCACGGCAUUUCGCAUCUUUACGAUGCCCUAUUCCGUUUCCUGCAUCAAGUUCUGCGUGUCUUCCGAAGAAAGGAUGGCACGCCGAAGGGAGCACUAAGCGUUGCCAUGAGCAUCGCCUGGAAGCCGUUCAGUCUAUGGUUUAGCGACUUACUUGAAGAUAUCGAUCUGCAUCGAAAGGUGGUCAAUGCCCAGAUAGACAUAUUUAUCUGCGUCGAAUUGCAAACAAUAGCAACGAAGCUGGAAAACAAUCAAACGAUCCUUGAAGAGAGUCAAACAAUCGCUGAAAAGAAUCAAUCGAUCCUCCGACAGACCUUGGAGCAAAUGAUGAAGAAGCAGGAGCGAAAUGCCCAGGAGGCCCCUACUGAAAGCAGAGCGAACAUCAUAUCCCGGCUGCGACAAUGGAUACAUGCACCCGAGUUUGCGCUAGAAUUUGAGAAUGCUUUGGCAACCCGCGAGGAAGGGACUGCAGAGUGGCUUUUCACUGAUCGCGCAUUUGCCUCAUGGAGGAGCCGAAAUGCGGCAGGGGGCACAUUCUGGGUGAAAGACAUGGUGCUGUGGGUCCAUGGUAACCCUGGCAGCGGAAAAACCGUUCUUGCUGCGUCGACAUUGGAGGAGCUUCGAAGUGAUCCUGACGCGAAUGUUUGCUAUUUUUUCUUCCGUGCGAAUGACACCGACUACGAGAGGCCCGAACACGCCUAUCGGUCCAUUUUGGCACAAACAUUGCAAUUCCAUCGUCACGACCCGCGCAUCCUCGAUAAAUUCACCUUCGUGCUUGAAGAGCAAUCGUCCGGGCAGUCCGAGGUCUCUGCGCGGGAGGCCCUGGAUCUGAUCAAGCUUUGUGCCGCCGAUGGGUUCAUCCAAUACAUACUUUUGGAUGGGUUGGACGAGUGUGUCGACUGCCUCAAGUUAGCGCGUCUUUCCUCUGGCUUACCCGCGGCUCUUUGCGAAAGCCCAACAAAGUUGAUUCUUUUCGGCAGGCCUCAUCUCGAAUUCCAGCCGCUUUUAUCGCAGUGUACCGCUGUUGGGGUCCACAAUGCAAACUCAGGAGAUAUCGAGAUCCUGAUACACAGACGCUUAGAAUGCUUUCUCGACGACGGCCUACUACCUACGGAUGCAGAUGUUGCCGAUCUCUGCCGGAUACUACAUACGGGCGCUGAUUCCAUGAUCCUGUGGGCUCACCUCAUGCUAGAAUUCCUAGUAUCGCAUGCUCUGACUGCCUCCAAGCGCAUGGAUAUCAUCAGGAGCGUUGCGAUGCCGGAAGGCUUAGACAAAAUGUACGACAGAAUCAUCGAACAUCUUAUGGAUAAAGCUUCAGUCGAGCGGCAACUAUCGGUCUGGCUUCUUAUGUGGCUGUCCUUCUCUGGGCGACCCCUUUCCGCUACUGAGUUACCAAUCACGACCAUGCUGAUGGACCCUGAAAAGUCAGUGAUGGCGGUUGACUUCACCAAUUUCGAGCGCACCGUCAUCUCUACGUGCUCUUCCCUAGUUGAGGGAUCCCAAAUGCUGGAUCCAGUCCACCAGAAGAUCGUUCCCUGUUACCGGCUCGUUCACCUGUCCUUGGCCGAGUAUUUCCAGACCAGGGGCACAAAGGCAAUACAGCAAUUCAUGGUUUCUCCUUUAGAUGCGCAUCGCACGUUGGCGAGAUGUUGCCUUCAGUACCUUUGCCACCUUGGACCCGUGCGAUGUUACGAAGGUACUAAUGGCCAAUCUCUCGAGUCUACCCUUUUCGACGAGCAAUUUCCACUCUGCUCUUAUGCUUCGCUAUACUGGAUCUACCAUCUCCGUGAAGUUGAGGCAAUGAUGGAGAAAGAGCAGAAGAUCUCUGUCCAGACUGCCUUCACUCACGUCAGCAUACCGCAGAACGACCCUCUGCGAUAUCUCGGAGAGCUUUUUGGACGCAGUGAAAAUUUGCUGGGUUACAUUCAGGCCAAAUACACGUUCAGGCCUACAAGCGGUGAGCAGCACCUUAUGAAGGAAUGGGCCGAGCGUGCUUUGCUACGUUACAUCAAGAGCGGCCAAUGCGCUGAAGUUACACGGAUCCUUCAGGACCUCUGCGAAUUCGUGGCCUACCUUGACCUGCUUGAUUGCGAGUGGGGAUCAAAACUCACUCUGAGCCCUAGCCUGAUAUGGCACGAGGUUACUGGGCUCACGCCUUGUCGUCUCAUUGCACACGUUACAACUAAACUAUAUCCCGUCGCUGCGUCAAAUGAGCGGCAACCGGAUCUGAGCACCGAACCGCUCUCUCAAAUUUCGGAAGUCAAUAAAGAACAAACCCGUCUUUCCAUUCUGACAAUCUGGCCUUCACGCGCAUACGAAGAGCAGAUUGCUACAACUCAUGGUUCUCCAGCGGUGGUCAGCCAGUUAUGCUCUGGCUGGAUGGCUCAUUACGAACUCUGGCGAAUUGAAGAGCGCCCUGAACGCAUCGCCUGUAUCGAUGUGCCUCUAGACGAAGAAGACAUCUGGCGGCAGUGUUGUCACAGCCUCUCCUACGUGGUGACUGAGAAAGGAACUCAGGAAUGGAGGCUUCAAUUUCCAGUCGCGAUCAGUCCAUGCCUCCACAAAUUCGCCAUACUACGCACCAUUUUCGCAGUCGAGGCCACCGAGGCGAAAACUGGUGUUAUAUUACGACGUGGAAAAUUACCCCUUGAGUUGUAUAAAAUGGUCCGAAGCGCCUGGCCCCCCGAUAAUCCAAGGCCAACGGAUCUCAAUCCUGGCUUUGAGCGGCCUUCGUACGGGAUGGAUACCUACAUGUACUGGUUGGCUUUCGACCCAUCCGGAGACUUACUAUUCUUCAUCGAUCGAAUCCCGCGGCACGUCGUCAACAUUGGGUGCUUCCACAUUUCAGCGCUUUCCCACACCAUCGAUUUUUGUCCAACAGCCCCAAUGUCUGCAUUUAGCGACAAUCUCUACCAGCAAUCCUCGCUGGAAAUCAACAUCACAAGACCUGCAUUCCAUCCUAAUCAUUGCCUCAUCGCAUUUUACUGGGGUUCUACCGCUUACUUAUGGUCAUACAAAGAUGAAUCUUGCGACUUUCCCAGAGGAUUGCUCGCAGUAUCAGAACUGUCCAACGAGGAUAAGAACCAGAAGCUAUGGAAAGCCUACGAGGGAACAGGUGGCGCAGAAUCUAUAUGCUUCUCGGGGGACGGGAACUACCUUGUCUUGCAGGUACCCUUUACUGUGGAUCCGGUGGUCAUCCCUAUUCCCGACCGUGUUCUUUCCAACAGCGAACCAUUACCCCAAUUCCUAGAGGGUAAGAUCGGAAACCAGUCAGAUUCUACAUCUAAUCGCCACAUGCCAUCAGAGGAGAGCCGGAUGGAUAUUGCGAUCAGGAGCAAAAGCCCCACGACCAUCGGAGGAGACGUGAACAUAGGCGCGCUCACCGGAGGGAAGAACAGCACUAUCAGAUCCACCACCUCCACCGCAAACAUCAACGUCGAGCUGCAGCUAUCCCACAAAGACGUCCACACAGGCGCAAGCCGCCAAGCCAGCAUCCAGCUCCUCCAGCUCCCAACCUCCUGGGCCGCUCUCAGCGCACUCAAAGCCUCCGUCCGCAUGCACCCGACGAAACAGGAUCUCAUCCGCAUUAUUCUGCGGCAGGCACAACGGCCCUGGUACUCUUUGAGCGAGGCGCAAAAGCGCAAGGCCCCGGCCGUCGUGGAUCGGCAGCUUUCCGAUGUGAAGCGCCAAGCUUUUACCAUUGUGAGCCAGGUUGAGCCUAGGUCGCUGCGCUUUGAAGCUUCUGGGAGGACGGAUGCCGAUGUGGAUGAGAAGGUGCAGACCGAGGAGUGAUGAUGAUCACCGGUUCGGGCGACUUGGGUGGUCAAGGCAUCCCUCACGAUGUGGAUCUGUGGCGGAAAAGACGCGGGAUAGAGGCUGUGGGCGAGUUCGCGAGCGGGCUAAGGCGCAAGAUGUGGCAAGGCUGAUCGAGAAAUCAUCUACAGUUCUGCGAGAGGCUCCACUUUGAAGCGUUCGGGCGUGUUGAGAUAUUCGUGUGAUGGGGAUUAGAAGGCGCAAUGAGGAGCAAUGUCGAUGGACGAAGUAUUUGUGAUGAGGAAAGGGACAGAGCCCCAGUUAGAACGAUGUGAUUGGUAUUCGACGACCAGACAUCGUGCCUGGUUCGUUACAGCGUGCUUGGGAAUUCGUAACUACAUUGCUGUAAUCCCAGCAUGCUCCAGCCCUAUAGCAAUCUCUCAUUC